CUUUUAUUCACCUGUUGCGCCCAGCUCUCUGCGACUUUACGGCUUAUAAAGGCGACUGAGAAGAAGUGCGACAGAGUGUAAUAAAAGAGCUCGACUCCGGCGACACACAUCCUAGAGAGGAAUUCGUCAACCGAUCGUCCGCCGGCACAGUCGCCCUAAUCAUGCUGAGGCAUGAGGCUUGGGGCAGGCCUAUCUUAUCCUCCGUAUUACACCAGCAUUCAUAAGGCCGUCGUCCCCCCACCAACAAGGCAGGGUUGCUCGAGUCCCAGAGGCAUACGACAUGUCUAGCUCAAGAGGUCCGUCGACUCUCGGGAAUCUCGAUACGACCCCCAGAUCGCGCCUGCAGUCUCGCGCACGUGGAUCACGCAGCGUUUCCGCUGCAUCCCGUCCCUUCUUACAAGACCCGGAGGUCGAGGCCGAUGCCUUUUCUCAUCCCGAUGGGCCCAUUGCUACGGAGCUCCUGAGUUCACAUCACAGCGACGCGGAGGAGGCAUGUACGGAAGAGCUGAGCGAGGAAGAUGCACAAGACGAACUAACGCGGAGACCUUGGUGGAAGAGGCCGUCGCCUUGGUGGUUCCUAAUUCUAACCCCUUUUAUCUCCACCGCAAGGGCAGCAGUCAUAGCCCCCAAAGUGGAGAUAUACAUACGAUUGGCCUGUGAUACUCACAGACCUGAUUCAUCUGCCAUCGGUCAGAUCGUGCAUGCGUUCUCUUCUCCCGACAGGUGGGAGAGUUGUGCUUCCGACCCCACAGUACAGGCAGCAGUAGCGAAACUGUCACUUGUCAUCACUAUUUCCAUGGGCGUACUUAGUUGUCUGACUACGGCGUGGUGGGGCUCGCUGUCUGACAGAUAUGGCCGAACAAGAGUGGUCACAUGUGCAGUGAUCGGUUCGCUCAUUGAGGACAUCAACUUCUUGCUUGUUUGCCGAUAUUCGAGCCUCUUGCCUGGCGGGUAUUGGCUCCUUACCUGCGGCGCCAUAAUGUCGGGGUUGCUGGGGGGUAUGAGCACCAUUGGAGCCGGUGUACACGCGUACAUCGCCGAUUGCGCUGAACCCUCCUCACGUUCGCGCUUCUUUUCCUUGCACCUCGGCCUCCUGUUCACCGGGUUUAGUAUCGGGCCCACGCUCGGCAGUGUGCUCGUCGGCUAUACGCACAACCCAGUCUCUGUGUUCUACAUCGCGGCUGUGCUACACUUCGUCUACGCGUUGCUUCUGUGCUUCGUCGUCCCCGAAUCUCUCACGCCCGAGCAGAUGGCUGUUUUCCGCCGUGAGCACACGCUCAGCAUAGAGCAAGCGAAAGAAGGGAGAGAGAAUGGCGGCGCGGGGGAAUGGCUGAAGAGGGCGUUUGGCUUCUUGACUCCGCUGGCAUUGCUGCUACCGAGGAAGUCGUCAAUUGCGGGGGCGAGGAGGAGGGAUUGGAGUCUACUGCUACUUGCAAUGGGAUACGGGUUCACCAUUGCAUUGAAGGGAGAUCUCACGUAUGAGUAUCAGUACAUGUCCUUGAUGUUCGGCUGGACAUCCGAACAGCUCGGGUACUAUACUAGCGCCCUUGGUACGACGCGCGCAAUAUACUUGACCGUGCUCUUGCCUGUCAUCACGAAGCUGUUCCAGUCCAAACCUCGAGCAGUACAACUUCCAGCUGACGCGCAAGAGCCGACUUCUGCACGCGCACAGGCGAAUCACCCUGCGGCGUUCGACCUCACCCUCGCGCGUCUCUCGAUCGUGAUCGAGGUUGUCGCGUACACCCUGAUGGCACUCGCGCCCAACGGGUAUCUCUUCACCGCGUAUGCGAUACUAAGCACGCUCGGCAUCGGCUUCACGCCCGCGGUGAACAGCGUCGCGUCCGCAGUGUACAUGCAGGGCGGCGGGCGCGAGCUGGGCAAGCUGUUUGGCGCGCUGGGCGUCGUGCAGACGGUCAGCUCGAACGUGCUGGGGCCGUUCAUGUUUGGCGUGACGUACAUGAAGACGGUCGCGACGGCGCCGCAGGCGAUCUUCGCGGUGUCCCUGGCGGCGCUGAGCAUCUCCUUCAUGCUGCUUGCGCCUAUCCGGUUGCACGCGCCGGGCUGUGAUGUCGAGGGGCGGGAGGCCGCACCGUCUGAUGAAGUCGCGACGGGCGAGCGAGAGCCGCUCCUCGCUAGGGAUGAGGAGCGCGGUAGGGCAGCGACCAAGCGGUGAUAUUGUAUUCUAGUAACUGUUUGCUGCGGGCAUGCGGCAAGCAUCUCUGAAGCUUCACUGAUAA